AUGCGACCUGGUCUGUCCGCUACCCAGAUCGUAGGCGCAAGCCUAGUCGCCAACCACUUUGCCAGUGCAUUAUCACCAAGCACAAAGAUCGACGAUUCUUACGACUUUGUGAUUGUGGGAGGAGGUCAAGCUGGACUCGUCUUGGGCGCUCGUCUUUCGGAGGAUAAAAAUCAUACCGUGCUUGUUCUUGAGUCGGGCGGCGAUGGCGAUGAAUUUCGGAAUCGCAUAGAUACACCGGCAUUUUCAUAUUUCGAUUCUUUAUGGCCAACGCCUUUGAAUUGGGAUUUCGACACCGUUGCCCAGCCCAAUGCGGACGACCGCAAGAUUAACUGGCCUCGUGGCAAGGUCCUUGGAGGCAGUUCUGCGAUCAACGGCUUGUACAUGACACGUCCGGGUGAAGAUGAAAUCAAUGCCUGGAAAGACAUGCUGGGAGAUAUGGACGGUGCAGAUAACUGGUCGUGGGAGUCAUUCUACUCUGCUUUGAAAAAAAGCGAGACUUUCACUCCUCCAACCGAUGAUGUGGUUGAUGAGGCUAGAAUCACCUGGAAUGCAACGCAUCACGGCACUAACGGGCCGAUCCACGCAACAUACCCGGACUACACAUUCCCCGAAGUUGGCGAUUGGUUAACGUCACUGGAGAGUAUUGGCAUUGGCAUUUCUGAUAGAAUGUACGGAGGUGAAAGCUGGGGCGCUGAUGUCUCAACAUCCUGCAUCAACCCUUCAAAUUGGACACGGUCAUACAGUCGUUCCGGUUAUCUCGAUCCGCUUCCAGACCGGGGCAACUACGAUGUAUUGGCGAACGCGCAUGUGACUCGGCUUAUUUUCGAAGAUUCUACAUCUUCCGAUAAGAAAACAGCGAGUGCUGUUGAAUACACAAAUGAUAAGGGAUCAACGAAACUGAAGGUUAAGGUUAAGAAAGAAGUCAUCCUGGCGGGUGGCUCUGUUGGCAGCCCCGCUGUAUUGCUUUACAGUGGCGUUGGCCCGAAGGAUGUCCUCUCCAACGCCGGUGUUGACCUUGUCUCUGAACUUCCUGGUGUCGGUCAGCACCUUCAAGACCAUUUUAGUGCCACAGUGAAAUGGAGCUCGAAUGUGGACACCGCAGGUUCCAUCUUUUACCAUAACGGCAAGGAUAAGAAUAAUCCUAAAUUCCUCACAUACAUUGAUUCAGCCGUUGCCUACGUGAACGCCACCGCUAUCUACGGCAACAAAGUCGAUGAGUACGAGUCGAAAUUCCUCGCCUCAAUCGACAAGUACGUACCGAAAACAACUUACGAUGAUGGCGUCGUCACCGGCUACAAAGCAAUCUGUAACACGACAGCAUCGAAGAUUUUCAACAGCCCAACAGGCCAAAUCGAGCUCCUGUUCAUGAACAGCGAUGGAAAUGGCGAUAUCGGUAUCACAGCCGCCCUUCAACAUCCACUCAGCCAUGGCCGUAUCUACAUCAACUCCUCGAACCCAAUGGACUAUCCAAUCAUCGACCCGAAUUACUUCGAUAACCCAGCCGACUCUGAGCUCCUCCUCGCAGGUAUCAAAAUGGCCCGCCAAAUAGGCGAAACCUCGCCAAUGAGCAAAAGCCUCGUAACCGAAACCUCCCCAGGCUCGAGCGUCCAGACCGAUGACGAGUGGGUAGCAUGGUUACGCAAGGAAGCUAGCACAGAAUUCCAUCCGUCCUCGUCGUGCGCAAUGCUACCUGAGGAACAGGGCGGCGUGGUCGACGCCAAACUGCGCGUUUACGGCCUUGCAAAUGUGCGCGUUGCAGAUGCCAGCGUCAUCCCCAUCUCUUUGUCUACCCACUUGAUGUCCUCGACAUAUGGCGUGGCUGAGCAAGCGAGCGAUAUCAUUCGGGAAUACCACAACGUACCAACGGAGGUCAAGCCGGCUUUCAGUUCAUCUAGUUCGGCCAUUUCUUCCAUUCCAUCUACUUCUACGGCUGUCACCAACGUGGUUGCCGCGAAGAAGAGUGGUAGUCCGAAGGGCGAUGGUAGUCCCGUUGAGAAUAGUGGUGCUGCUUUGUCGCUCGUGUGGACUACUCUUCUUGUUUCUGUACAUGUUGUUAUUGGAUAUGGCGUGUUUGCAUAG